AUUGCUUUGCCAGUUCCGUUCCACAAGGGUAUACUUUUCACUCGGGAAACUCCUGAAAAUCACUAUAAAAAUGUUGCUGAACCUUGUAUAUGGUGUGUUGGAAGCAAUUUCAAAAGCAAUAUACACUACAGUGGCCACCAUUUGGAGCAUUGAACAGGCCAUGAUUAACAUGAUGAUGUCCACGUUUUUAUUUGUGCUGGGCAUAGCCUGCCACCCAGUUAUGGUUAUACCUAUGCUACUUGGAGGAUACUAUAUAAUCCGCAAUUUUUGCUUCAGACGCGCAAUGAACCCUAAAAAGGACAAUGCUUUGGAUAACGAUGGUGGACUAAUCAAGCGUAACAUACCCCUAAGUCCACGCCUUCCAUCUUACCGCAGCUUCGGAAACCUAUCCUCACUUAGCAAUGAUGUACCAAAUGAUAACUGUCAAUAAGGACGACAGACAUUUUUGCGUUUAUAUUAGUUAUUAGACAUCAUAUUGGCAAAUACAUGUACAGAUGUGAGCAUCCCUAA